UAGCACGGACCGACGUAGCUUGAAGAAGACAAAACACCACCAAGCCAGCAGAGCCAGAGGACCGAGAAGGGCUGGAUUUGGUCGGGAGGAACCUCGCCGCCGGGUCCCAAGAAUCUCUCCUCUACCGGAAUCAUAGGCGCUGAAUGUGUUUUCGAUGGGCUGUCUGCCAACAAAGCAUGUCCGUGACUCACCGCGUUCAUUGGGUUUGCAUGAAGAUGCAGCUGUUGCCGCCGAAUCAUCGUGUGAGAAAGUGGAUCUCCCCGAUUUUCUUAAUAUUGCUACCGGAACACCAUUUACCGUGAGUGAAGUCGAGGCAUUAUAUGAUCUCUUCAGAAAAAUAAGUAAUUCAGUCAUCAAAGAUGGUCUAAUACACAAGGAAGAAUUCCACGUUGCUCUUUUUAGGAGCAAGAGCAAGAAGAAGCAAAAUCUCUUCGGCGAUAGGGUAUUUGACUUGUUUGACCAAAAAGGAAAUGGUGUCAUCGAAUUUGGUGAAUUCAUUCGUUCUCUUAGUGUGUUCCAUCCAGAUACUCCUGAAGAACAAAAGGCUGCAUUUGCAUUUCGCUUAUAUGACUUAAGACAGACAGGAUUUAUUGAACGGCAUGAGCUAAAGGAGAUGGUGUUGGCUCUACUGGACGAAUCAAAUCUGGAUAUUACAAGUGAUGCCGUUGAGAUGAUUGUUGAUACGACGUUUGAUCAGGCUGAUGUGAAUCGUGAUGGGAGGAUAGAUCAGGAGGAAUGGAAUGUGUUUACUAAAGAUAAUCCAUAUGUGCUAAGGAAUAUGAGCCUCCCGUACCUUAAGGACAUCACGAUGAUAUUCCCAAGCUUUGUCAUCCACUCAGAAGUUAGUGAAGCAGAUAUGUUCGUGUAACUGGAGGUGUGGAUGUUGCAAACUUGCAAGUUUUGCAACACUUCUGGUGCAGGAACCAAUGUCCAAUGGCACCUUCUCAUUGCGCAUCAAACAGAAACUAAGUUGCAUUGCAUCACGAGUAAGCAAGAAUGAAAUGUGGAAUCACUGACAAAAUGCUCCAAUUGUGCAUCCACGCCGUGACUUCUUUGCGCUUGGCUAAGUGUUGUAUCCUUUUGUUGGAAUGUCCUGUUGGCACGUAGUAGGGAAGUUGUGGCUCCAAAAAAGAAUAGGGUGAAUAGGAGCUUCACAGUUCAUGUACAGUAAUUUCGAAGCACAGGCUCAUGUGUUUAUAUCUGCUGUGCUGAAAAGCUAAAAAUAUGUCCACAUUUCCAAGCUGUAAAUCUCGGACAUGGCGCCUGACUUUGUAGUACUACUUCUGCUGACUUUGAAGUUAUCUCGAUCAAAAAGGGUAUUUUGCUAUUUUU